GUAUCACAAUUGACAUGCUUUCAGAUGAUAUUAAUGAGUAUAAUAAUAAUGGGCUAAGAAUAUGCGAGAAUCUAAUCUUAAAACUACAUAUCAGCAGAUUGACAGAAGAAGCACAAAAAUUAAUGAGUGUAGAA